AUGGCAACACUCCACCGCGAGCGCGUCGAACACGCGCUGAACGAGCUGCUGGUCCGCAUCGUGCCAGAAGAUGCCAAUGACGACGAAGAAGCGGCAAACCAGCGCUUCGAGGACGCUUACGACUUUGCCAUUGACGCGCUGACGGAGGCGGGAGAUGCUUCACUCGUGCCUGAUGUGCAGCACAUUGCAAGCCUGAUUGACCGCAAGGUCUCGGGUCCUCUCAACGACCAGCGCAAGAGCGCCCGUCUACACAACCUCCUCGCACGCCUGGAGACACAGACCGUCUUGGACCAGAAAUGGCGCAUGCUGUACUUUCUCUACAACCUGUCCCCCAACGCCGAAGCCUCCCAAGACCCCCGCCCAGUCCAAGACCCGCGUGGCUUCUCCCGCGAACCCACGACGCCUUCCAAACGCCAGAGCGUCGCUGCCUCGUCACAUGCCUUCCAAGAUGCCUUUGCAAAGCCCGGCCUGACCCAACUGCCCGUCAAUGCCGGCUCGCCCAAAGCCUCUACGUCCACUCGCCCAUCGCCAAUGGCCGACAAGCCAGAGAAGCGAAGAGAGAGGCGCCCCGACACCGCCAAGGACCAGCAACAGGCGAAUGGAGGCCACGUAGAAAAGGCAGAGACGGGGCCCUCAGAACCCAUCCUGUUGAGAGAGCUACCCUUCACGCUCCAAGGCUACUCGUCCACAAACCUCACCUUCCCUCUAUCGACAGCGCUCAAGCUCCCUCCGACCCUCCCGGUGCCCCUUGUCAGCCUGUUGCAUACCCUUGCUGAGCCUGCCAUACUAUACAAAAACCUAGCCGAGUUCGUCGAGGCAAACGAUGGAGGUCUUAUUGAGCAAAGCUUCCGCGCGGCUCUGGCCAAGGAGCUGAGAGCAUACUUGGGGCUUGUUGCAACCUUGGAGGGACAAAUCAAGAGAGCGCUGGCACAAAUGAGCGACGCACCAACGCAACAGGGUAUCAGCAAGGCCGGUGUCACUCUCAAGCGAUGUGUCAUCUGGAUAAGAGAACCGACCAUGGGCUUGCGACUGAUGAGCUUGAUGGUGGAAGAAUCCAAGAGCAAGAAGGGCGGCGAGCUAAUAGCCCUCAUUCAUUCCUUCUCUCUCAACCACGGCGAUCCGUAUGUUAUGAGCUUCGCCGAGCGCCUGCUCUCGGACGUCACUCGACCCUUCUAUGAUAUGCUCCGCCAAUGGGUCUACGACGGCGAGCUUGCUGAUCCCUUUGGUGAGUUCUUCGUCUCUGAACAGAGCGAGGAUGAUAUCCUCGAGGCCAAUGGGAACGAGGGGAAAGGAGGUGCUACGAGCGUCUGGGAAGACAAGUACAGACUGAACGACAAGAUGGUCCCUACAAUCGUAACCAACGACUUCGCCAAGAAGGUCUUCUUAAUCGGCAAGACUCUCAACUUCAUUCGCUAUGGUUGCGGAGAUGCAGCAUGGGUUGACAAAUACUCCAAGGAAGCCUCAAAGGAACUACAGUAUGGCGAUACAGCCAAUCUCGAACGCUCCAUUGGCGAUGCCUACAAGACCACCAUGGCCCGCCUAAUCGAUCUGAUGGCGAACAAGUUCAAGCUUUUUGAUCAUCUCCAGGCUCUGAAGCAGUAUAUGCUACUGGGCGCUGGUGACUUCAUCGCUGUCCUGAUGGAGUCGCUGUCGUCCAACCUUGACCGGCCAGCCAACACACAAUAUCGGCACACCCUCACUGCCCAGCUCGAGCACGCUGUUAGGAACUCGAACGCCCAAUUUGACACUUCCGACGUACUACGUCGCCUCGACUCACGCAUGCUGGAGCUGUCGCACGGGGAGAUUGGGUGGGAUGUCUUCACCCUUGAAUAUAAGAUCGAUGCACCCGUUGAUGUCAUCGUCACACCCUUUGGCUCCAAGCAAUAUCUCAAAGUCUUCAACUUUCUCUGGCGUGUUAAGCGUGUCGAGUUUGCUCUUGGUUCAACAUGGCGUCGGUGCAUGACUGGUGCUCGCGGCGUUCUCGGUACUGUAGCUGAUAAAGUCGGAUCAGAUUGGAAGAAAGCGCGCUGUGCAAUGGCUGAGAUGGUUCAUUUCGUCAAUCAGUUGCAGCACUACAUUCUCUUUGAGGUCAUUGAAUCAUCCUGGAUCGAUUUACAGGGAGCGCUGAACAAGCCGGAAAGCACAUUGGACGACAUGAUCGAAGCUCACGCUAUCUAUCUAAAUAACAUCACGCGGAAAGGUCUUCUUGGAAGCUCAAGCAUCGACUUUACAGGUCAGCUGCACGAGCUAUUAAAGACUAUGUUGGCAUAUAAAGAUGCAGUAGACGGCUUGUACUCCUUCUCUGUGGCUGAAUUCACCCGCCGACAGGAGCAUGCGGCCAAGAUCGAGACCCGCACAGCAGCAGGUCGCUGGGGUCUGUCUGAGAAGGACAACUCGUCUGCAGACCCUUUUUCUCGAUCGCAUUCGCGCGCAGCAUCUCGCCAAGACGAAUCGCCUUUCCCGCCACCUCUGCUCAAGAUUGGAAUGACAGGCUCGGCCGAGGACGAUGUCUUACCGGCAUUACAAAAGCGUCUAAGUCAGUUGACGGAAGACUUCCGAGCCAGAAUCAGCAUCUUGUUGGGUGAUCUAGUACACUCGCCUGACGGUGAACUGAAGAUGCUGGCUGUUAAUAUAAACUUCAACGAUGUUUACAAGCCGGAGCGGAGACGGAGAAAAGGUUCUCAGAGAUCAAAAGAGAAGGAGAAGGAAACGCCAAGGGUUGCACCCUCAGCCGCGUAA